AUGAAAGGAGAAGCAUGGCAGGGGGCUGAGGACAUGUGCGCCUACUCUGACAUGAAGGAGGCCAACUGGAAAGAUUCAGACAAAUACUUCCAUGCUAGAGGGAACCAUGAUGCAGCCCAAAGGGGUCCUGGGGAAGUCUGGGCUGCUGAAGUCAUCAGUGACGCAAGAGAGGGCAUUCAGAGUCUCAUGGGCCGUGGACAUGAGGAUACCAUGACUGACCAGGAAGCCAACCAUUGGGGCCGCAGUGGCAAGGACUGCCUGACAAAUACUGAGCAUCCUCCUUUCUGCCUCAGGAGGCUGUGCUGCGGGCUCUGGGGUCAGGACAUGGGGUUCUUCACUUUAGUGUCCACU